AACAGGAUGUUUCAAUUUUACACCGUAGCUGUAGCACAGAAACACAAAGCAGCUGUCCUAUUGUCCCGACACGAACUGAAUGAAACAAAUAUUUACAGAUUUGACGUUUGAAUCCUGUGAAGUCCGGCUUAUUUAUAAUUGCCGUAUUGUUAAAUGAACGUAUGGAGAUAUCGAUCUCAAAGUAUCAUUUGAUUACUAGUUGAACGCAGAAAGAAGUUGUCAGAGCAAGAUGGCGAAUCAUUCAAACGCCUCUACAAGUUCACCUUUAUAUUUUCGCGAAGCGUUUGAAAUUCAAAUCCAAGUUUUCUUUUUAAUAAUAAUUUUGGUAACUACAGUCGUUGGAAAUACUCUAGUUAUCAUAAUUAUUUGGUUGGACCAUCGUCUUCAUACACCUGGAUUUUAUUUUCUCGCAAAUUUAUCUGUCGCGGACCUACUCCUUGGAAUUGUGUACAGCCCUUUUUAUAUCUCUUCGACUUUGGACCAAAAAUGGCUGUUUUUUGAGACUUGGUGUAAACUUCAUGCUGUAUUUAUAAGCACUUGUUUUAAUGCCUCUUUGGUGACACUGAGUUUUGUAAGUUUAGACCGAUUUAUGGCAAUCACCAAACCACUAAGGUAUCAAAGCCUUUUGACGACAAGACGAAGUUUGGUGCUCAUAGCACUUGGAUGGGUUCAUUCGAUCUUCUGGGCCGCAGCACCGUUAGUAGGUUGGGGCGAAAUCACCCUGGAUCUAAAGACCAACACCUGUCGACCAAACUGGAAUGCUAAGGGCUUUCCUUCAAAGAUGUACGCCAAUCUUUUAGCAGUGUUCACCUUUGCUCUUCCCUCCGCGAUCAUGGUUUAUUGUUAUUUUCGUAUUUUUAAAGUUGCUCGACAUCAAGUGAAGCUAAUCAAGAGAAACUCUAUUGGCUCCUCGCAAAAUGGACCCCAAAACUCUAGGCCGACGGAGACGAGAGCCUUGAGGACUGUGUUAAUGGUGUUAGGCGCUUUUGUUUUGGCCUGGCUACCGUAUACUAUCGUAUCAACAGGCAAACUUUUCAUGAAAACUGGAUGGGAUGUUGGGGCAUCAACCGCUAACGCUGUCUUGACAACGACGCUAGUCAAUGGUUGUUUUAACCCGAUAAUUUAUGCAAUGAGAGACAGACGAUUCAAAAGUGGAUUGCAGAAAAUCAUUUGUCCAUUUGCGAGGACCAACUCACUGGACUUGAGUAGCUAUGUAUCUAGUGCGCAAGUCACGGCACAUGUAUUGAGGCAAAAAGAGUUAGGAGUGGAAAAUGUUGUUCAGUCUUCUAGUCUUUAAGUUAACGCAGACGUUCUUAGUGUCUGUCACACAACGAUUCCCAUCGUGACAGACACUUAGAACGUCUGCAUAGGAAGCUACGGUUUGCUCUAUCUUCAAAAGCUAGGUAACCAGGUCUUACUUCGUGCAGAUGAUUCCUGGAGACUAAUAAAGUAUGUCAAUAAGGUAUAUUGCGGUUAUAAAUUACGUUAUCGCCGCCAUAUUGGAGGUAUGUAACGAAAAACAUUGGAUAAGGAUUCAUCUGUUGGAUAGCGUGUUAUUGCCCGCGCUAUCCACCCUUCGCGCUAUCCACCCUUCGCGCUAUUCACCCUUCGCGCUAUCCACCCUUCGCGCUAUCCACCCUUCGCGCUAUCCACCCUUGGUAAAAUCGGACCAUGUAGAAAAGUGAUUAAUAAUAAAAAUUGCAGUUUCUUAAUAUUGAUGCUUUAUUCAACUGUGCAGAAUUGAAAAAUAAAAGUAUAGCAACGUUGUGCCAUUUAUAUGCUUAGCUUAUAAUUGGUUGCUAAAUAUAAAAUUACACGCUUAAUGAAAUAUGUUUUAAAUUUCUAACUACGUACGUAAUAAUAUUCAUUAUUAAUAUGAAAAUAAAAUUAUGAUUUAUCUUAUAACUACAAAUAACGCCCUCAGUUUUCGGCUUCUUUGUCACGUGAUUCUUUUUUUUUUUUGGAUUUGUAAAAUGACGCUGUGUUUUUUUGAUUACAGAUUCGUUUACUCAGGGUUAGCCUUAUUUUCAGUGUCAGAAUAUUCACAAAUACUAAUGGUAAAGUAAAGAAUGCACAACGUCAACAUUACAAUUAAAUACUUCGAAAUUCUACGGACUUUCAUUGGAAUACAUGAAUAUUCUAGUUGUACACAAAAUCAAGGCUAACCCUGAGCAACAGAGAG